GGACAGGUAACAGGUAAACCUACCUGGUGACGGUGAAGUAUCCCAUUCUCUCCUCUCUUUGCGGAAUAGAAGCUGUCCUCAUAUUUCAUAGCGACCCUUUUGUCUGUCCAACUUCAUUACAACAGGGCAUCAGCACACGCACGACAGGAUGGUGAGCCACCCAGAGUUUGAGCGCGCGGGCAAGCAGAGCGGGCUGCAGGUGUGGCGGGUGGAGGACAUGGACUUGGUGCCGGUGCCGCCGUCCAAGUACGGAUCGUUCUACAGCGGCGACGCCUACCUGGUCCUCAAAACGGUCAAACAAAGGAGCGCAGGCCUGCAGUACGACUUGCACUUCUGGCAAGGGAAGGACUGCUCCCAGGAUGAAAGUGGGUCUGCAGCCAUCUUUGUAGUUCAGAUGGACGACUACCUGGGAGGGAGACCAGUCCAGUACCGAGAUAUCCAGGGCCACGAGUCCAGCACCUUCACCGGCUAUUUCAAGAGUGGACUCCAGUACUUGAGCGGGGGCGUGGCUUCGGGGUUCCGCCAUGUGGAGACCAAUGAUGUUGACGUCCAGAGGCUGAUGCAGGUCAAAGGUCGGCGUGUGGUCAGGGCGACCCAGGUGCCAGUGAGCUGGGAGAGCUUCAACCAAGGAGACUGUUUCAUUCUGGACCUGGGAGAGGUGAUUGUCCAGUGGUGCGGUUCCCAAAGCAACCGAUUUGAGAGGCUGAAGGCCACUAUCGUCUCCAAGGGUAUCCGUGACAACGAGCGUUGUGGGCGUGCUGAGUUGCAGAUCUGUGACGAAGGGUCGGAAACUUGCCACAUGCUGGAGAUCUUGGGGGAGAAGCCAGACCUGCCAGAGUCUCAAGUAGAAGACACCAAAACAGACUCCUCCAACAGAAAACUAGCCAAGCUGUACAAGGUCUCCAAUGCCGGUGGUGAAUUGGAGGUAACCACGGUAUCGGAGGAGAAUCCAUUUUCCCAGCAGGCCCUCCAGUCCAGCGAAUGCUACCUCCUCGACAAUGGUUCCAACGGAACCAUUUUCAUCUGGAAAGGGAGAGAGUCCAACACUGCUGAACGCCAUGCUGUGCUAGACAUCUCCCAACAGUUCAUCACCAAGAUGGGCUAUCCAACUCACACACAGGUCCAGAUCCUACCAGAGCAGGGUGAGACCCCGCUUUUCAAGCAGUUCUUCAAGACCUGGCGCACCCCAGAGGACACCGUCGGCAUGGGAACCGGCUAUGUGUCUAAUCAUAUCGCAAAAAUCGAGAAGGUACCAUUUGAUGCUUCUGAGCUCCACCAAUCAAAUGCCAUGGCUGCCCAGCACGGCAUGGUUGAUAGAGGAGAUGGAGACAAACAGAUCUGGCGUAUGGAGGUUUCUGAUAAGGUUCUGGUGGACGAGUCUCUUCAUGGCCAGUUCUACGGAGGAGACAGUUACAUCAUCCUGUACAACUACCAGCACCAGGGCCGCCAGGGACAAAUUAUCUACAUCUGGCAGGGGGCGGAGUCUAGUCAGGAUGAAGUGGGAGCGUCCGCCAUCUUGGCUAUGCAGCUGGACGACGAGCUUGGAGGAGGAGCUGUGCAGGUCCGUGUGAUCCAGGGCAAAGAGCCCGCCCAUCUCAUCAGCCUGUUUGGUGGAAAGCCAAUGGUGGUGUACCGCGGAGGCACCUCCAGAGAUGGCGGCCAAUCAGAGGCAGCAGACAACCGCCUGUUCCAGGUGCGAGCCAAUCCGGCCGGCUGUAGCCGAGCGGUGGAGGUGGAGCCUGUCUCCUCCAACCUGAACUCCAGUGAUACGUUCCUGCUGCUGAGUUCAGGUGGCAGCUGGGUGUGGCAGGGACAGGGGAGUGUUCCAGAGGAGGCCGAGGGAGCCAAUCAGGUGGCUGCCCUGCUUGGCUGCUCCGCCUCUAUCGUGUCUGAGGGGGACGAGUCCGAUAAUUUCUGGGAUGCGCUGGGAGGGAAGGCAGAGUACUGUACAUCACCAAGGCUGAAGGACCAGAUGGACUCACACCCACCUCGCCUUUUCGCCUGCUCCAACAAGACCGGAAACUUCCUGAUCGAGGAGGUCCCAGGGGAAAUGACCCAAGAAGACCUGGCUCCUGAUGACGUCAUGCUCCUGGACGCCUGGGACCAGGUGUUCGUCUGGAUCGGCAGCGAGGCUCAGCCUGAGGAGAAGACCGAGGCCAUGGCUUCAGCUGCCACCUACAUCCAGACAGACCCGUCCAACAGAGACCCCCGCACCCCAGUGACACAGGUCAAGCAAGGAUUUGAACCCCCAACCUUUACUGGCUGGUUUCUGGGAUGGGACUUUGAAUACUGGACCAGUGACCCAUUGGAAAGGGCUAUGGAAGGCCUUCACAUCUGAAACCACAGACUAGUUUCCUGUUGUUCUUAUGGGAUCUUUCAGAGACUGGAACAUCUUGUGUUCUUCUUUGCUGUUAUUUUUGGUCAGUUUAUAAUUUAGUCCAUCCAGUUUAUACCUUUUUUUUUUAACAAAGAAAAGUAAUGUUGUUUCAGACGGUUAGCAUAGCAUAACAAAGAGCAUAGUGUUUCUUAAAGGCUA